AAAUGGCGGCAUCGUGGCGUCUGGGCGUCGCAUUAAUCAUAGUUUGCUGUGUUGCAAUUAUGGCAGAAGUUGUCAACAGCCAAGGUGGCUAUGUCACCAACGACACGGUAUCGGUAUCGCUACCAGAGAAUAUGGCCGUGCAGUCCACGGUGAUAGAUCUCUCCACCUUCGUGGUGGGGAACGAGACGUCAUCUCCGUCCCCUGGGAACGACGUGACCACACCUAUCCCUACACAGACAAGCGCAAAUGACAGCGUCAAUGGUACCACUAAUGGUACCACUAAUGGUACCACCAACGGUACCACCAACGGUACCACCAACGGUACCACUAAUGGUACCACCAACGGUACCACCAACGGCGCAGCGAAUGGGGACACCAGUACCUACAAAUUCUUACUUCUGUCUGGAAACACGCGCGACCGGUUUGAUCUGGCCGAAGACACAGGUGUGUUGACGCUGGCCCGCCCACUGGACGUCACUGUCGACAGACGGUACGAUUUGAACGUCAGUGUACACCUGAAGCAGGAAAACGUAACGGCGUUCAUGACCGUGACAGUUGACAUUAAAGACGUGGAAGGUUACCCGCCUGUCUUUAAUAACGACUGCAGAACGCCGGUGGUCAAUGACGACAAGGGUGUUGUGUUUGAAACGAGCCUGGGAUUUCGCAUAGCAGCGUUCGACCCAAGUGGCGACUUCACCAAUGCUGACUUUUUCUUCGACCCGAAUGCUGUAGUUAAACUCCUGACUGACAACGACCAAUGUGGACUAGAGUACACGGACGUCUUUAUAGCAAACGAUGUCUUCUUCGCCCACCUGGUCAACGACUCCCAAAUCAUCUGUACUGAUGCCACUGAGGGAAACCAGGAAAGGUCCCAAAUGACCAUCGAUGUUAUCAGGCCCCCCUUCAGCCCUGACGACCCCCUCCAACACAAGAUCCACCCCGCCACCUGGAGCCUGAUGUUCCAGGACAGCUGGGUCCAGGCCAACAGUCCCUUCGUCGUGCUGGACAUGACGAUCGACCACGUGUCCUCCAGACAGAAGUCAAGUUGGAUCUGUUUUGGAACUCACGACGCAGUGAGAUUUGAGGUCAAACUGGACAUUUCUGCAAGAGGCUGUAGUGAGGGGAAGUACGGCGGACUGUGUGACCAGACCUGCGUCUGUCAGAACGGCGCCACGUGUCACGCCUUCAACGGCGCCUGUCUGUGUGCUCCGGGCUGGAAGGGGGUGGCCUGCGACAUCCCAAACCACGAAAACCUGAUAUUGACUAUAAGAGAGGACGAGAUGGUCGGCUCCACCGUACUUGACAUGCCUGGGGUACUUGAGUCAAACGGGUUCCUGACAAACCAGACUGGCGCCCGCUUCACACUGUUGUCGGGCAAUAAGUUCGAGAGAUUCACCCUUCAUGAGGAGACUGGACUCCUGAACUUGAGUCGGCAUCUUGACGUGACCGUGGACAGACAGUACAUCCUCAACGUCAGUCUACAACAGGAAAAGAACAACGCCACUUCGUUCAUUUCGGUGACCAUUGAUGUGGAGGACGUGGAGGGUUACCCGCCUGUCUUUAACGACAACUGCAAAACGCCGGUGGUUGACGACGACAAGGGCGUUAUGUUUGACACCAAGCUUGGAUUUCGCGUAGCAGCCUUUGACCCGGGUGCCAACUUCAGCAAUGCCGACUUUUUCUUCGACCCGAAUGCCGUAGUGAAACUCUUGACUGACAACGACCAAUGUGGACUGGAGUACGUGGACGCCUUUAUAGCAAACGAUGCCUUCUUCGCCCACCUGGUCAACGACUCCCAAAUCGUCUGUACUGAUGCCACUGAGGGAAACCAGGAAACCGGGUCCCAAAUGACCAUCGGUGUUAUCAGGCCCCCCUUCAGCCCUGACGACCCCCUCCAACACAAGAUCCACCCCGCCACCUGGAGCCUGAUGUUCCAGGACAGCUGGGUCCAGGCCAACAGUCCCUUCGUCGUGCUGGACAUGACGAUCGACCACGUGUCCUCCAGACAGAAGUCAAGUUGGAUCUGUUUUGGAACUAAUGACACAGUGAGAUUUGAGGUCAAACUGGACAUUUCUGCAAGAGGCUGUAGUGAGGGGAAGUACGGCGGACUGUGUGACCAGACCUGCGUCUGUCAGAACGGCGCCACGUGUCACGCCUUCAACGGCGCCUGUCUGUGUGCUCCGGGCUGGAAGGGGGUGGCCUGCGACAUCCCGGAUCCUACCGUGGUCGUGACGGCGAGUGACUCCUCACCCCAGGCUGGGGACGACUUCAACAUCACCUGCCACUCUUACAACAUAGAUGCUGCCAGCCUGACGUGGACAAAAGAUGGCAAGGAACUACCGGACGGAGUGAUCAGGAAGUCAUCAUUUUACUCCAACCACGUCCUGGCGAUACCACGGCUGUCGAAGGAGCAUGAAGGAGACUACGAAUGUGUCGUCCGCGAUGUGAACGGUGUGGAAAUGAGGGUGUCCCACCGUCUUGACGUGAGACCUAGGCCAGAGCCACCAAGGAAGCCCGGUCUGAGUGCCGGUCUAAUUGCCACUGCCGUGCUGAUCCCCGCCGCUGUGCUCUGCGCGGCAGUUAUAGUCAUCUUCUCCUUGAUAAAGAAGAACAAAGGACACAAGUACAAGAUGGACAGCGAGCUUAUCUCCUGGUUACAUGACCCGGAGAACAAAGACGUUGUUCGGAAAUGGCAGAUGAAGCGCGAACAGCUGACUAUCGUAGAGCAGAUCGGACAGGGCCAGUUUUGUUACGUUGUGAAGGCGAAGCUGCGGCAAAAGACAACGCAACUCACCGUGGCUGCCAAAACAAUUAGAGCUGACCAAGCAGGACCGGUCGUACAACGGGACUUCCUGAGGGAAACCAGGCUGCUGUCCGAACUCUAUAUUCCUCAAGACACUUCCUCUCCCUCGCAAAUCAACCGGAACAUCGUUCAGUUCUACGGAUACGUCUUGGACAAAUCACGUGUGUACCUGUUGGUUGAGUACGCCCCUUACGGGGAUCUCCGUAACUACCUGAGCUCCUGCCGCCACCGCUGCCAGUCCCCGGGGCAGCUGGGAGUGACGGCCGAGCAGGACGGGGAGUUCCUGAAGUUUGCACGGGGAGUGGCCAACGCGCUGGCAGAGCUGAAGAGGAAGAAGGUGAUCCACAGGGACGUGGCUGCCAGGAACGUGCUGAUCUCUGCGGACAGGGAGGCCAAGAUCUGUGACUUCGGGCUGGCCCGGGACAUCUACACCGAGUCUGAGUACGUCAAGCUGUCCAACCAACAAGGAGAUGACGGACCCCUGCCAAUCCGCUGGAUGGCGCUUGAGUCUCUCCAGGACGGAGCCUUCACCCACAAGACCGACAUUUGGUCGUAUGGGGUCUUCUUGUGGGAAAUCGCCUCUCUGGGCGGGCGACCUUAUCCAGACCUGUCCGCUGACAAACAGUUGAUAGACUGGCUAUCCACCGGGAAGAGGAUGGACCGACUGGACAGCUGCCCUGACCACAUGUAUAAGAUCAUGCAGAAGUGUUGGCUGAAGGACCCGGCAGCCCGACCAGACCCCACGGACCUCAUCCAGGUCAUGGACAAGAUGGCCUCUGGCGAGGAAACGACCUACUUCUUCACCGAGAGCUGCCACAGCCCCCCUGACUCAUCGGUGUACCUGAGGACCAUGCCGUCACAAAUCACCACGUACUUCUGACGCCGUGGGGAGAACAUGUGAAGUGAACAACUCAUGAACACUCGACGACAUCAUUGUGUAGUGUUGUGCUUAUUGUAUAUGGAUCAGCAUAUACUAGUAUUCAUUUAUUGUCAGCCAUGCAUAGGAGACACUUUGGAUCUACAAAUGACAGGGACAAACUAUCAAAGCUCGCAAUAUAUCUAUCUAUCUAUCUAUCUAUCUAUCUAUCUAUCUAUCUAUCUAUCUAUCUAUCUAUCUAUCUAUAUAUCUAUCUAUC